ACAAAAACAAAACAGGUGGGGAUUUCACAAAAUAAAUAUUUGAUUGUAUUCAAUUGUAAUCUUUUUUCUCCGAUACGGUUUUGCUUGCUUUCACUAUUGACCCUUGACCUUUGCAUCGAAAUAAAAUUUUCACCUGCAGAACAAAACCGCAGAAGCACAAGGAAGUCGAAGAAACAUGAAUUUGGACAAAUGGGUGCUGCUUAACAGCCAGACAGCAGGACGCGAUAAACUAGCUCGGUUGGUCCAGUAUACAUCUCGCGCAUUGUGGGAUUCAUUGGAGAGCGCCGAUGCCAGUCCAGCGUUAGCCGACAGCUUCAAAACGGUAGAGUACAUACUCAGCACAUUCCGGAAACUACUCCGUUUCGGUCGCUGUGUAGAUAUUUUCUACUCUUCACUGCGCACCAUACACUACCCCGAUUUGACGAUACGUGUCACACUGACGUUAAGUAAGCUGUCGCAGUCCUUGUUCCUACUUGCUGACCACUUCAUGUGGUUGGCUCGCACUGGGCUUUUCAAGGAUAUAAACACAAAACGUUGGGGUAAAUUCGCUAACAAGUAUUGGUUGUUGUCGAUUAUAAUGAAUCUUUGCCGUGAUGUGUAUGAAAUAUUUCACUUGCUCGACUUGCAUAAGGCAGGGGCUAAAAGUGGCAUAACCCGCGCUGGUGCUACCAUCUCACCGUUGCGUGUCAAUUCACUACGUGACUUUAAUCGAUUGGCAUUGCACUCGUAUGCAUUAGUGCUGGGACACAAGGAUGUUGCUGUUGAUACAAUAAAAAAUCUAUGUGAUCUAUUUAUACCACUAACAGGAUUGGGCUACACAAAGCUAUCUCCACGCACAAUUGGUCUAUUGGGCGCAAUUUCAUCUGCUGCCGGUUUAUGGGCAUUACUAGAGCCAACAGCAAAGCUGACGCCGGCAUAAGGAGGAGUUUGAUUGCAAAUAAGCUUAGAAGUAAAUUACGAAAUUAUGUUUUUCUUACAAGCGGAUAGAUUCUUGAUCUUAUAGCUUAACAUUGGGUAUUGUUUUUUU